UCCAAGAAGUGUUUACAAACUUCGUGGAAAAUGAGUUUCGAGGAAAAUUUAAUCGCCAAAGUUCGCGCAAAUGAAGUGCUUUACAACGUGAAAAAUGUGAAUUAUAGACGAAAAAACGAUAAGGAACGAUUGUGGCAACAAAUUGCCUACGAUUUACACUGCCCAGUCGAUGUUUGCCGAAGACGGUGGAAAAGCUUGCGGGACAAAUUCAUCAAACUCAGCCGUGCCGAGCAUACAUCUCGCGGGACUUCCGACGAAGAGCAACCUCGGAAGUGGCGAUACUACGACAGCCUCACUUUUUUAUUAGGCUGCAACAAGAACUCCCUAUCCAACACUUCUACCUUCUUGGACGGCAUGUUUAUGAGCGACGAAAGAUACGUCGACAUCAAGUGCGAACAUCCGAACAACCGGCAGUACGUUCGGGAUGAUACGGCAGUGGUGGCCACUGAGUGCACGUCCGUACUAAGCACCACCGAUCGAUUCACCGUGGACGGUCGUCCAGCUACGGUAACACUUGAUUUACCGAGCAGCACCGGCGGCAGCAGCAGCGGCAACCGAAAACGCUCACUGGAUAACAUUGAGUCGGAAUGCGUUAAAAUUAUACGUUCUGCUGCCGAAACUAUUCAGCUAGAGGCUAGCUGUAAUAUUCGCAAGUCGAGCACACAGCUCCUGUUCGAGGCACUUGCGCUGCGAAUCGAUGAAGCCAAUAUGCCAGCUGCCCGGUUAAACGCACUCCACACGGCGGUCACCAACUUGGUUUACUCGUCCUUAUGA